UAUGGUCGUAUCUAUACUUUGCAGGUCCUUGUAUGUAUCAUUGCCAUAGUUGGACUUACAGCAGCACAACAAGCAGACCUUGUCAAAUAUGAGAACGAUAACACUGGACUUGGCAAUUUUAGAUUUUCGUUUGAACAGAGUGAUGGAACUCGGCAUGAACAAAUAGGUGAACUUAGAAAUGCAGGAACUGAAAAUGCCUACGUCGUCCUCAGAGGAUUUUACUCGUUCAUUGCACCCGAUGGUAUAUUAAGAGUAGUAAAAUACGUUGCUGAUGAGAAUGGUUACCAGCCUGAACAAGGAGAGGGUCCAGGGGCGUUGCCACCUUCGGCAGCAGCUUCAUUGUUAGGUUAAUUUAUAAAAAUGAAGGGAAAAUCAGUAAAUAAAUGUUUAAAGAUUUUGAAAAUGCCAAAAGGUAGCUCGCCCAAAGAAAAUUAAUAUCUAUUACCUACAUAUGUGUAUGUGUAUAAACAGUAACAUGGAUGCAAGUCCUUAGUUCGACUCGUUAAAUGCCUCUCCUGUGGAUUAUUUACAUAUUUUUAACAUCUAUAAAUUUUAUAUGAUUGUUUGGUAAAAAUUAAAUUUAUAUCUGUGAUCCAGGAAUUUCAAUAUAGAAUCUUUCACGAACUUACGAAUUUUAUAUAAUUUUAUUUAGACCUUUUUAAUAUAUAAUGACUUUUGCUUUUAAGGGUCAACUAAUCUAUCGUCUAGUAAGUCGCCUUGGUAUUUACGUAUCUUAUACGGUGUCUCAAAAACUUAAUACCUUAUCACUUGUUCUAAGAAGCAACAUGUACAUAUUGUGAUCUAAGUUUUUAGUAAAUAUUAUUAUUGUAUUAUAAUAUAUCUUUUUUAUAUUAUCUUCACUUACUUAAAUAGUAGUUACAUAAGUAAAAAUUCAUAGAAAUUAAUGACUAAAUAUAAUAUUUUAGUAUAAGAUUUGUAUUUUUGUCUCUGUAUUUUUAUAUAAAAUAGAUAUAGAGAUAACACAUUGUCUUCCUUUCAGAUAAUCGCGGUUACGAGUUUCGCACAGUACAAACGUUUAUAUUUAUGAGUAUGUCUGUUUUUAUUUUCUACGUGUAAUAUAGUAUGUACUUACACUAAGUACUUUAU